AUGUGGGGUCCUGAAAACACUUCGGGCGGGACAGGCUCCUCGGCAGGGUCCUCUACAGCGAGUUCAGUCCUCAGCACGGGCGGUUCCUCCACUUCGGCGGCGUCCACGGGGGCUCUCAAGAACGGCAUCGGGCUAGCGUGGGCUGUGUCCGGCAGCAGCGGCAAGGGCACGGCCGCGGGCGUGAGCACAGGGAUGGGUUCGAGUUCCAUUAGUAUGGCUAAUGUCUUGGACUUUCUUCUGACUGCUACUCAGCUGUACCGCGUUGCCGCCGCCACAACCAACAAGAUCAGGGCGAGCGGAAAGGCGCCCAAGGGCUCGGGAUCCCCUGCCGACGACGUGCCCGGCCUGCGAGGCUCCUCCAGCCUCACCCCCAUCACCACCACCAGCUCCACCUCCUCCUCCUCCUCCUCCUCCACUACUCAAGCUCUGCCCUCCGCUUCCCAGACGUGGGCGCGACUCCUGGCCAACCCGUGCGCCAACUCCCCCGAGCAGACCUUAGCCCUGCUGCAGGUUCUGCUGCAGGACGGCUUGCUGGACUCCAUCCUGCCCUACAUGGUGUCCUCACUCAACUUGACAACCACCCCCGCCCUCACGCCCUCGCAUCCAGCGCCGCCUGCCAUCACUCGGUCACGAACGCCCACCCCAACGCCCAGUUCCAAAGCAGGAGGCAAAUCUCACAGCACUACGAUUCUCGAGGCGCGGCUGGUUCCCGAGAGCGCGUCUCGGCUUGGCGGGCAGAUGGGAGGCAGCACCGACCAAGUUUUCAGAACUAUUAAACUUGCAACAUUAAAUUCCUCGCGAAAGAACCUUGGCACUGUUCCAGCCUCCAGCCUCGCCUCCCCCCCUGCAGCGACCUCCCUGGCCUCCACCUCGACACUGGCCGCCAAGGAAGAGCAUCGGCCGCCCACCGCCCCGCCGUCCUUCAGAGGUCUGCCCGACAGGAGCCCGGGCAUUGUGAUUCAUGUGUGUGACGAAGCGCGAGGACUUCGCCAGGACUUCACGUGUCCGCGGGAUCUCCUGAUACACCACAUCGGGUACUUCGCCGAUGUCACCGCUGGCCAGCGUCUAGAGGAUGUAGACAUCUCGGUCCACUGUGACGUCAGCAUUUUCGAGUGGCUGCUGCGGUGGGUUAAGCGAGGUCAGACAGAAGACCAUGUUUCUCCGACUCUUGAACCCAAGACUGCCGUGUCGAUUCUGAUCUCCGCCGACUUCCUGAAGAUGGCCCCGCUGGUGGAGGAGGUCCUGCAGUAUGUCCACGACAAUAUCAACCUUAUCCUCGAGGCUCAAGUCAAUCUAAGUUGUCUCUCUGAUGCCAUCCUCACUAGACUAGCCUAUCUGUUCACUCACUGGGAGCUGGAAAGUCUACGUGACCGGCGAGACAGAAUCCAGAAUAAGCUGUAUGCCAAGUUCCUUCAGGGUUUGUGCGAGGCCUACCCUUCUCCUGCUCGAGGGAUCUUUAAAACGGCUUCCACGCUCUACAGGUGCACCGAGUGUGGAAAUCUCGUGACUCGAGGCGUAGAGCGACUAGUAGCUUGCAUGCCAGCUAAUACCUGCAUUACCACCACAGGACAAGUCUACUAUACACAUUCAAGGGACGCGACUUGGAGCCUGACUGAACAUGUGCGUCAACUGAAGACCGACCUGAAAACCUGGAGACUAGCCUACUGGCGGCUAUGGGUUUUUCGUAAACCUGUUCAGGUACACUUCCUACCGUGUUCCACUUGCGGCGCGGUGUUUCCGGGAAGUGAAAUGAAGUUCUGUCGCCACCACCGCCUCGACGCCGCUUCCUCCGACGUGGACCUGCUCCUUGCUAGUGACACGUACCCUUGCUGUGGCGCCCGUGCCCUCAAGUUCUCCCCUCUGCCCGUGAGGAAUGGUUGCCUCACUUCUGACCACACAGUGCAACUGAGCCAGGGCGAGAGUGACAUAUGGGGUCCCAUUCCUCUUAUCUAUGACGACCUCCUCACGUUCCAGCUCCUCGUGUGCAUCGACCCUCCCUAUCAACUGACCCCUGAAUCCAAGAAUGUGUUGUGGACAGGGGUACCUCUUGUACCAUCUAACAAGGCUGAGCGGAGCUUCCUUGACCGUUCAUGGCUAGCGCACUUUUCUCAUAGUGAGCGAGACAGCCAUGCCGCCGCACGCCCCGGACUACCAGAGAACACUGCUGCUGCUGCCACGACGAGUAUUAACUUGGGCGCAGGCACGGGCGUGAGCAGUGAGAGUUCUUCGGACGAGGAGGAGGGCGGAGGGCGGCCCGGACUCACGCCCAGAUUAAGAGCCAACCUCAUGCGGAGGGCGAACCGCGCUCGCCGUUCUGUCAACUGCGAGGUCAUGGCGGAGCCGAGCCUGAGGUGGGACAGCGGCCGCUCAACACGGCACAACCAGGAUGCACAGCGAGAGAAAGAGACGCGCCUGCUACGGGACCUUACGUCGUGGCUCACCCUGGCGGCCCCCAACGCCCACGACUCGAGCCACGGCUCCCACAAAGGACACCGCGGGCGUCCGGAUCGCCGACGAGAGUGCGCGAACGGACCCGACCCUGGCGUCUACUACCGGCUGGAAUCCGAGUUCCGCGAACGGCACGGCAGCCACGGCCAUGGCCACAGCGGCGGAGGAGGCACCUUCAGGGCCAAAGUCCAGGCGAUUUCCAGGAUCAAGAUGAGGCUCCGGCACAGAGCGGCCUUCUCGGCCUCGCGAUAGCUGAGGUGGACCGAGGAACCUCAGCAGACGCCAAACAAACUGCAAACAGUAUUCCCAAUUAUAAUCCAAAAUGGGCAAAAGCCGUAUAUAUUCCUAAAACCUUGUUCAUUGAAUAUUUAGUAAAUAUUAUUCAGUCUA